AUGUCUAUAUCUAAGAAAAUGGGAUCACACUUGUGCUCAAAGAUACAAGCUUUGUCCUCGAAGAUUAAACAAGCUUCAUCCAAUGGAAAAUGGCGGGAAGUGGUCUCUGGGUAUUCACAGAUACAGAGAGCUGGGGUUGAAUUUGACGACCCUUUCGUCUUCCCCAUCGUUUUUAAAGCUUGCGCUAAGCUCUCAUGGCUCUCCCAGGGUAGAUGCAUCCACGCGAGUCUGUUCAAGAGAGGGUUUGAGUAUUUUGUUUCUGUUGGGAACUCGAUUGCUGAUUUCUACAUGAAAUGCGGAGACUUUUGCUCCGCGAUGCGAGAGUUUGAUUGUAUGGUUUCGAGAGAUUCGGUCUCUUGGAACGUAAUCGUCUUCGGGCUUCUCGAUCAUGGUUUCGAAGAAGAAGGGCUAUGGUGGUUUUCGAACUCGAGAGUUUGGGGUUUUGAGCCUAAUGUGUCGACACUGGUUCUUGUGAUUCACGCGUUUCGUAGUUUUCGAUCGUACGUAGAUGGAGAGAAGAUUCACGGCUACGUGAUCCGUAGUGGCUGUAAUCUUGUUGAUGAUGCAAGAACCGUGCUUGAUUCGAUGACGUACAAGGAUGUGGUGUCAUGUAGCACAAUGAUCUCUGGGUUAGCCCGUUGUGGAAGAUCUGAUGAAGCGAUCGCAAUCUUCUCUAACAUGAAGGAUAAGCCCAACGCAAUCACCGUCAUAAAUCUUCUUGACGCAUGCUCUGUUUCAGCAGACUUGAGGAAAUCGAAAUGGGCACAUGGAAAAUCGUGGGAGGAUGUAGCGAAGAUUAGGAGGUUGGUGAAGGAGAGAAACGUUCGGGUCGUUGCCGGUUAUAGCAUGGUUCUUGAAGGAACCAUGGCUAGGAGGUUUUUGGCUGGAGAGAAGCUAAACCAGAGUGAUUGCGAGUUAAACGACGUCGUCCAAAGUCUUCAUAGAUGCACAAAGUUAGAAGACCGUUCGACGGGAUGGAUUUAA